GUAAAAUGGCAGUAGAAAAUACCACUUCAAUAAUUGACAAUUUUUCUUUGACGAGUAAAAAUGCAUCCAUUUACAGUGAAAGAAACGAGGAUCUUGCAUUAGUGGAAAUUACCGUGCAGUGUGUGAUAUUUUGUCUUGCCGUUAUUGGUAACAGUACAGUUCUGCUGACACUAUGGACGCGCAGACGCAAGUUAGCACGUGUGCAUUUACUGAUGGUUCAUCUAAGUUCCGCUGAUCUUUUUGUGGCAUUUUGCAACGUACUACCACAAAUAUGUUGGGAUUUGACCUAUGUUUUCAUUGGUGGAGAUUUUUUGUGUCGAUUUGUUAAAUAUAUUCAGGUUGUUGCAAUGUAUGCAUCUUCAUAUGUGUUGGUUAUGACGGCUAUAGACCGAUAUGUAGCGUUGAUUCAUCCAUUCAUCGCUCAUAAAUGGUCUUCACGAAAAGUCCAUUAUAUGGUAGCCAUUGCUUGGUCACUAUCAUUACUAUUCAGUCUACCUCAACUAUUGAUCUUUGCAUUUGCAAAACGCAGCGAUGGUCAGUAUGACUGCUGGGCGACAUUUGAACCAUACUGGACGUUACAACUCUACAUCACAGCUUCUACAUUGUUAAUAUAUAUAAUUCCUAUACUCAUUCUAAUAUUUUGCUAUGGAUGCAUAUGUUAUACCGUCUGGAAACGUGGUAGAGUUGGCGAACCAGUGCCGACCGCCUCAGGUCGUUCCUGUUUAGAUCGAUUAGAUACGAACGGUACAGCAAAAAGACCCCAAAUGCAUCAUGGGAUAUCCCGUGCUAAAAUUAGAACAGUGCAAAUGACUUUGACUGUUGUGUUGUGUUAUCUCGUUUGCUGGUCUCCCUUUUUUAUUGCACAGAUGUGGUCAGCAUGGGACGAAAAUGCUCCAUUUUACGGACCUGCAUUUACAAUAAUACUUCUCCUGGCAAGUCUAAACAGUUGUACAAACCCAUGGAUUUAUUUGUUCUUCAGUGAUGCAGCAUUCGAUAAGGUUAAAAAUUGUCUGAUGCCUAAGAAACGAACCUCCUUCGAAAUUCAUGUUCCCACAUGGCGUAGUAAUCGAUCACAUUUCAGUUCUAAGUAUACGUCAUCUUUACAGUAAAGAACAUUUACUAUGAAACAAGAUCUACAUGUAUCAUGGAAUAACUGUCUGGCCUCAAAGUCAUUAAAUUUUGGAGCAUGAUUUUUGUACCCAGACUCGAAAAUCAACCAAUCAAAUUGCUGGAUUUCAAGAUUUCAAAGUUUUAUGCCUUCAAGGCCUGGUGUCAUGCAAUAAUAUAUGUAUAUUUACGUCACGUCAAAUAUUUUAAAUUGUGACGCAAUAUUUUGCAGGAUCCUAUUUUGACAUUAAGUAAUGGCAGUCAUAUUUGAAUGCAAGUGUAUAUACCUCUAAUAGGAUGUGUAGUUCCAUUAUAACCCUCCAUGAACCGAGACAACAUGAAGGCAACUGAAGGCAGCAAGUUGUCUGAACAAAUUUCAGGUGAUCUUCCAAUAUUCACUAUCAAACCGUGUUUUCAGCAACAUCGUUACUAUAGCAACAUUAAUAUUUCAACUAUACUGGAACAUGUGAUACAGAAGCACACUUAUCAACUAGGAAUUUUAGUUUAGAAACACUAAGCGUUUGUCAAAUACUAGUGCUAAAGACUUGUAAGUGUAUAAAAUAAU